CUCAGUCGGACUCUGUUUAACCCCAUCUGUGUCUCAGAAUGGAUCAGUGUGGAGUCAUCAUCACUGUGUUUCUGCUGCAGAUCUACUCUUCACAUUCACUUCAUUUCACUAAAGACACAGAUUCUCUUCAUCAGUUUCUUUCGGAGUUCAGCAUUGUUCAUCCAAUCAGGACAGACCCUGAGGGGCACUUAUUGUCAGCAUCAGUCUCCGCCCACCGCAGCAAGAGAAACGCCCACUUCACAGAGAAAAAGCCCACAGAAAACCCAUCAUUCAAUCACACUGGGUGGAGUCAACAAGAGAUGGUGGAGGAGGAGGAGAUUUUCUACAACGUGACACUGUUUGGUAAACACCUUCACCUGCGGCUUCGUCCAAAUUCCCGUCUUGUGGCUCCAACCGCCACCAUGGAGUGGUGGGAGGAGUCAGGACAGAAACACUCAGAGCCUAUUGGAGAAGCCAGCUGCUUCUACACAGGAGAGGUGUCCAACAUGGAGGACACAUCUGUCGCCAUUAGCAACUGUGAUGGUCUGGCAGGGUUGAUCCGGACGGGGCGGGAGGAGUUCUUCAUUGAGCCAUGGGAUGGAAGGAGGACCACAGUAGACGAGGAAGAGGGAGGAGGAGAAGAGGGAAGAGGAGGGGGAGGACGACCACACAUCAUUUACCGCUCAUCUGCUAUCAUCAACAAUCGAAGAACUGUCAAUCAGACUGAAGCAGCCAAUAAAACCACAGAGGACUUCCUUCGAGGUCCUCUGUUAGGUUCUCUGAACCUGGAGCACAGUAUGUUAUGGCCAGAAUCUGGAUCUGCUCGAUGGCGGCGGCAGCGGCGUUACAUUGAGGAGGCGGAGCUGUUUAACAUUGAGGUUCUCUUGGCAGUGGACUACUCAGUGCUUCUUUUCCAUGGCAGAGAUCACAUCCAGAAAUACCUGCUCACACUGAUGAACAUCGUCAAUGAAAUCUAUCAGGAUCACUCUCUGGGUGCCAACAUCAACGUUGUUCUGGUUCGAAUCAUUGUGUUAUCUCCAAUGAAGUCCCAUGAGCUGAUUGCGGUGGGUAACGCUCAGAAGAGUCUGGAGAAUGUCUGUGGCUGGUCAUAUCUCCAGCAGAGGGAGCAGAGUCAUGCCGAGCAGCACGACCACACCAUCUACCUGACCAGACAGGAGUUCGGUCCCUCCGGCAUGCAAGGUUAUGCUCCUGUCACUGGCAUGUGUCAGCUGCAUCGGAGUUGUGUUCUUGUGUUUGAGGAUGGAUUUUCUUCAGCCUUUGUAGCUGCUCAUGAAACUGGACAUGUAUUGGGGAUGGAACAUGACGGUGAGGCUAAUGACUGCGCUGACGACGUGCCUUUGGGCAGCAUCAUGUCGCCGCAGGUUCAGGCUACUUUUCACAGAUACCACUGGUCCAGAUGCAGCUGGAGGGAGCUGCACAAAUACUUGCAUACUUAUGAGUGUCUCCGUGACGACCCAUUCCACCAUAACUGGCCGGCUCAGCCUCCGUUGCCAGGCUUCCAGUACUCAAUGGAUCAACAGUGUCGGUUCGACUUCGGACCAGGAUGGAGCACCUGCACCGCAUACACGACCCCUGACCCCUGCAAGCAGCUGUGGUGUGGUGACUAUAACAACCCAGCCUUCUGCAAAACCAAGAAAGGUCCGCCACUCGACGGGACCAAGUGUGGACCAGGCAAGCACUGUUUUAAAGGCUUCUGCAUGAAGUUGACCCCUGACCUCCUAAGACAAGAUGGCAGUUGGGGGACAUGGAGUUCAUUUGCCAGCUGUUCCAGGACCUGUGGAGGUGGAGUCAGGUUUCGGACCAGGCGCUGCGACAACCCAGUUCCAGCCAACGGGGGGCGUACCUGCUUUGGAAACAGUUAUGAGUUCCAGCUGUGCAGCCAGGAGGAGUGCCCCCCUCUAACUGACUUCAGGGAGGACCAGUGUAAAGUCUGGAACCCAUUCUUUGAACAUGAGGGAAUAAAACACCACUGGCUGCCCUAUCAGCAUCCUGAUCCUGACGAACGCUGUCGUCUGUUCUGUCAGUCGAAGGAAACGGGUGCUGUGGUUUCCAUGAACAGAAUGGCACAUGAUGGGACUCCAUGUUCUUAUGAUGAUGCCUACAGCGUGUGCGUCCGAGGAGAGUGUGAGCACGUCGGCUGUGACAGACAAAUCGCUUCAGACCAGCAGGAGGAUCGAUGUGGAGUCUGUGGAGGAGAUAACUCCAGCUGUAAAAUCAUCAAAGGGAAUUUCACCCGCAGUGCCAAAAAACAAGGUUUCCUGAAGAUCCUGGAGAUUCCAAAAGGAGCAAGACACCUCCUAAUCCAGGAAUUCAAAGGAACUCCUCAUAUCCUGGCCAUGAAGAACCAGGAGACUGGUCAUGUCUUUCUCAAUGACGAACAUGAGCUCCCAGAAACCAGAGUGGUGAUAGAGAAGGGCGUGGCCUGGGAAUACGCUAACAGUGAGGAGCAGGAGUCAGUCCAGACAACGGGGCCGCUGAAAUAUGGAGUCCUGCUGAUGGUCCGUUCCCAUGGCGACACAAAGGUCACGGUGUCAUAUAAAUACAUCAUCCAGGAUCGGCUGCGGUCAUCGCUUGAGUCCAACCUGCUGCAGGAAGACGCCAUCUUCUACGAGUGGGCACUAAAAAAGUGGUCACACUGCUCCAAACCCUGUGGAGGAGGGAAACAGUACACAAGGUUCGGCUGCAGGAGGAAGGCUGACGGGAAGAUGGUUCAUCGAAUGUUCUGUGGCAAUAUCAACAAACCAAGAGCCAUCAGCCGCAGCUGCAACACUGAUGCCUGCAGCACGCCACGCUGGCUGACUGGAGACUGGGAGGCCUGCAGCGCCUCCUGUGGUCAGACUGGAUGGCAGCGACGCUGGGUGAGCUGUCAGCAGGCGUCCAGCAAAGGGGAGCAGCGCUCAGUGAACAGUAAACUCUGUGGUGAUCCUCGACCUGAAGGGAAACGAACCUGCAAUCGCCAACCCUGUCCCCCUACCUGGAGAUCCGGACCAUGGACGCCGUGUUCAGCAACCUGUGGGAAUGGUACCCAGGAGCGUCAGGUUGCCUGUUUGAGUCCUGAAGGUUCAUCUGGAAACUGCACUGAGCCUCAACCAACCACAUCCCGCACCUGCAUGGUCCUGCCCUGCAAUGGUGACCAGAAGAACUCCAUCAUCCAGUGGCUGUCCAGGACCAACCCAGACUUCCCCGCCCCAAAGACUGCUUCUAGGCAGCGUUGCCGUGGUGACCGGUCAGUGUUCUGCAGAAUGGAGGUGUUGAGUCGGUACUGCUCGAUCCCUGGAUACAGACUGAUGUGCUGCAAGUCCUGCAGUGAAGGAAACUUUACCAACACCACAAGUCCACCAACUACCAACACCAUAAUUCCAUCUACCACCAAUACCACAAGUUCACUGACCAGCAACAACACAACUUCACCAACCACAAACACCAUGAUUCCAGCAACAGUCAACACCAAGAAUCCAAUGGUGGCCAAUACCUUGAUUCCACCGACUGCAAAAAGCUCAUGGAGUCUGACGACAGAGUCCACCUCCUCCUCAUCUGACAUCAUCAGUGACAUCAUUAGCUCCCCUGUCACUCAACCCCCUCCCAUCAGGGACAGCACUGACUUCGUCUACGUUGACUACAGUGAUUACGAUGAAUAUUCAUCCUACGAGGACGCUUCUGUUUCCUUUGUUGCCCCCUCAACACCACCUCCUGCUAUUACCACGACAACAACAAUAACAACAACAACAACAAGACGGCCAAGAAGAACUGCUCCACCAUAUCUCUUUAAGAAAAAAACUACAACUCCUACUAUAGGCCAUGUUACAUCAGGGGCUGGUCCUGAUGAAGGUGCCACUCCUACACCAUCAUCAUCACAUGACAGGUCAUCAGAGGAGCAGAGCCUCCAGAAUAAAGCAAAUCUAACACAAAUUGAACCGACAUCAUCCUCAAUAUCAUUUUUGGACCCAAAGAAGCAGAAGAACUCAGUAGACGAGGUAUCAUACCGAAUUGUAGGAAUGGAUGCUGACGUCAGCAGGGGACAACAGAGCUACUUUGUUCCACGCAUGCCACCAUUUCGAGAGCGAACACAGAACAAACGUAUCCAGGAGGUGCUGAAUGAACGGCGGCGGCAGGACGUCCUGAGGAAACCCAAAAGAACUAACCAGAGGCGGACCGGCCUAUAAACUCUGACACACCUGCACAGGUGUUCAGCUGCUUCAUCACGUCGCAUGUGCAGCUUGCUCACUUUCUGCUAAUGCUAACAGAGACGCUUCACUUCAAGGUUCCAUCAGUCAGAGUUUUAGGACCACACUGAAGGAAAAUACUAUAUGUAGAGGAAAAAAAAAAAUCAGGAUAUGUAGAGAAUGAAAUCAAAAUACUGCAAGAAUAUGACAGGAAAUCAUAAUAUUAUGAAAAUGGUUGUCAUUUUUGGUGAAAAUAUUGCAAUAUUUCAAGAGUUAAGUUAUGUUUCAAGAACAAAGUCAGAAUAUGUUUAGAGCUAUGACAAAUACCAUUUUAUAUUUUGAAGAAAAAAAAAUAAGUUGACUUAUUUCCAAAAACAAAAUCAUAACUUUUUGUAGGGUAAAAGGAUGUACAAUUAUAUGAGAAAAAAGUAAAAUUCAGAAAAAGAAAAUGUAUAUUUUGAGAAUAAAGCUGUAAUAUUUUAUGAGUGAAGUUUUAAUAUUUUGAGAAAAAUAAGCUUAUAAUUACAGAUGACUAAAGUUUUAAUAUGAAAAAAAGGUUUAAUAUGGUAGUCAGAGUCCCCAGCUGCUUCAAAAGCAGUGGCUGAUGUUUGUUGUAUUCUGGAUUUUUCUAAAUGUCAGUGUAUUUCCUGUCGGUGUGGUCCUUACUGUCAGUGUAAAUAAUUCAGGACUUUAAAGAAGUGGAUCAGCUGUCUGCAGUCUGCUUUUGCAAAUGUCCCAUUUAAAAGCAACUGUGACAAUUCUGUAUUUUUGUAUGCAUUCUUCACGCCUUGAUCUGCAAAAAAUCUCUACACAAUUCAGCAGCCAAUGUGGUGUCUAUAUGUGUUUCAGCAACAUUUCUAAAGAUGAUCAGGGACAGAAACACAGUUUGAAACAAAAACAUCCAAGUCUAUGGAUAGAUAGAUGGUCCGGAUAUCUGAUCCUGUGAACAUGGUGGACAGAUGUGGGACAGAUGUGGAGCUCCAAGUCUGAGCUGCCGCCUUUCAUAUGUUUAUACAUGUGUUCAUAUCACAGAGCGGAGAUUGGAUUUUAUAUGUUGCCAGAUCAGCAGAUUUCACACCCAGUUGGUAUUGUAGUCAAGACCACCUAAACUGAGACCAGAUACAUAGUGAGGGCAUUAUGGGGACAACGUUUUACAAAUAUUUACACGAGAAUAUGAUACAAUAUGGACAAAAAGUAAGUUUCAGAAAAGACACUGCAAACCGCUGGUCAGUCAUGUGACUUAAGUGUUCACUGCAUCAGAACAGAAAAGAUCCAUGUGAUAAUUCAAACACAAGUGAAAUACAUUGAUGAAAAUUUUUUUUCACAUGAUGUUUCUGUGACUAAAACAUGGACAGAAAUAUCAGAGGGAUUCAUCUGUGAGUAAAUGCAUGUAAAAAUCAAAACAUAUUAGUGUUGAUGUGAACUUUAUGUUGACACUGAUCUACCAGGUUUUAUAGCAAAAAGUAAUAAGAUGUGUGCCUGCACUGCACAUGUUGAAUUUAAUGUUGGUCCACAUUUUUGUCCCGGGUUCAGUUAAGAGGCUGCAGACCGUUUGGGUCUGUUCUUUACCACAUGAUGCUGAUCCUCCAAUGAUGCACUCUCAUGCAGCUGCUGAUGUGCGAUUUUAUUUACAAUGUUUGAAAUGAUUUCUCUGCUCAUGACAGUCUGUUCACGCACAGUUUCAAUAAAGUUUGACUCAAAA